AGGAAGAUGGCAAUUCCAAGAUUAGCUGAAGGCAAAGAAGCGGUGCACUCUGCUCGUUCUCACCGUCGUCAUGUAAGCCGAGCGUGUGAGUCUUGUAGACAAAGGAAAACAAAAUGCACCGGGGACAAGUCAGGCUGCCGCAACUGCCGGGAUGCUGGUAUCAUUUGUUGCUAUACGGACGGCAAAAGGGAAAAGUCCAAGAGACAAAUGGCAAGCUUGGAAACCAAGAUCAACGCUUACGAAGACAUUUUGCAAAGGCUAAGCGUUCGCUUUGGCGUUUCUGAAGAGCAGCUGAUGGGCUACGCUCUGGCAGUGCCAUUGCUGAGUCCCUUCCAGGAAGACCCGUCGGACUAUGCCUCAUCACAUGGCGACGCUUCGCCUCCUCACCCCGAGACCCGAAGGCAGUCGUCGGUUUCCGAAGUCGCUACGCCUUUGUUUUCCGGAUUCAGCAACAACCUAGAUCAUAUAGAGGAGGACUUCAAUCGGGAUGAGAUUUCACAAGCGACUGGGUUUGUUGGUCAGAGCUCCGAGAUAUCUUGGCUACAGACUCUGGCCAAGGAACUGGAUCAUGAAUGUGAUCCCAGUCACUUCAGUGGGAAGGAGCCAUCGCCUGCUGUAGCAACCCACCGACAUCGUUGGAUAUCCUUUCCGAACUACCACCUAGACGAUAUGGAGAUUCCUAUGGUCGAACAUGUGGAUCUGUAUGCUUAUCCCUCCAAGGAUGUCGCAACGAAGCUUUACAAGAUAUAUCUUGAUUGGGUACAUCCCUCGUUUCCGAUCAUCGGUACCGCCGCUUUUGGAGCACAAUUCCAAGCUUUCUUCACAACCGCCUCUCUGCGACCCGGAAAUCGGUGGCUGGCAAUACUGAACCUGAUCUUCGCCAUUGCAGCCAAAUACGCUUAUCUCUCUGAGACUGAAUGGCAAACGGACAAGGAGGCUCAUCUUGUGUAUUUCCUCAAGGCCAAAGCUUUGGGCCUAGAUAAUCAGCUGAUGACUUUCCCCGACCUACAGCAGCUGCAGGUCGAAGGUCUGACUUCUCUGUACAUGCUGACUCUAGGCCACGUCAACCGUGCUUGGACCUUUUGUGGCAGUGCUAUUCGUGGAGCUCUUGGCCUUGGGCUACACCUACGCAAUGUUGGAGACAGCACCUCUGAUGCUUCAAGGGAGAUCAGGUACCGUGUGUGGUGGACUCUCUAUACGCUUGAUCUUCGUCUCAGUAUAAUGUCCGGGCGGCCUUCUUUCAUCAACGAUUGCCUUUGCACAUCGCCUCUACCCGUUCCAUUCGAUGAGCAGGACUUUGGGAAAGAUGAGGUGAUUCGUCACCUUAGACGUUCGAUUUACGGUAGCCCCCUUCCGCCAACGGAAACGACAUCUGCAGCCCAGCCCGAGACAAGUGCAAAGAGUACGGGAAUCGAAAAGCGAGACACGAACGAGGAUAACUACUCACCCUGCGGGUCCUCGUACUUUCUUCAUCUAGUUCAGUUAACCAUGAUCGCAAAAGAGUCGCUAGCUAAGCUCUACAAUCCGAGCGCACUUCAAUCCCCUUGGCAGAGCACCGAGCUCGUUGUACGCAGUCUCAUGCUCAACCUUGAUGCGUGGCUUAUAAACCUCCCCAAGGAGUACGAUUUCACUGUGACCCAGUCUUCGCAUGUGUCUCAGGCAACCUCAAAUCAGAGGCUUAGUCUGGCUUUACUAUUCUACAGCACAAGGAUGGGCAUCACACGACCGUGUCUUCGUCGCGUGAAUCUACCCAACCAGGAGGACAAAAAAAUGCAAGAAUUUGGCCAGAAGGUAGCAGAGGAAUGCGUAGAAUCAGCUUGCCACAUGCUCAGGUUAUUUCCUGAAGACAUCAAAGCUGCAACGCUAUAUACAGCGUCGCCUUGGUGGUGCUUGUUGCAUUUCCUAAUGCAAGCCACAGCGGUGCUCGCCCUUGAACUUGCUUUUCAAGCUCAACAUGUACCGGAUAAGGCGCCGAUGCUUUCAAAAGCGCUCGAUAAAGCGUAUGAUUGGCUUUCUCUGAUGUCAAGAACGCAGAAAGCCCCAGAAAGAGCCCGCAGACUCUGUGAUCGGCUCCUGCUUCACCUCAAAUCAAAGGAAGGCAUCAAAGCCUCUGAGUCUCCCUCCGUUCAGCCCACCAGCCUCGAGUCACCAGCGGAUACUCCUAUCUCAUUCCCUAUCAAGACAACGGAAAGCGUGUCGGAUCCAAGUGGGCCCACUGGAAUGAAACUAGACUGUCAGCCAUCAGCAGCGCUAUUGACCGAUGGAUUGACGUACGCGCCUUCACACUUACUAGAAUCAACAGGAGACCUUCCGAUGCAGAGCGAAAACACCCUGGGGAUUCCGAGCAACUACGAAGACCUCUUUCCAUAUGACACAAGCACUGGUCAGCUUACGGGCUCUCUUUUCCCGGCGGACUAUGGACUGGAUGUGGAGCCGAGUGAGUUCUAUCAAUUUUGAUAUCUCGUCACGGGUUCAGUACCGGUGUACAGCAUCAUCACAAUGACAAACGUCUCAGGCAGCUAUGCCUAAGAACGCCUACAUAUAUCUCUGCUCUUCCUAGUCUGCAGGAUUUCUGUGCUUCUGAAAGUUCAUGUGCUUAUCGGGCCGCGUCGACAUCCAUGCCAGGUUCUCAGAACAAGAGACUGUCCCUCAACCCAAUGCUUAUCCUUAUUCAUUUGUUCCUCGGCAUUAUAAUACGAGGUAGAGUCUGCACAUCUGUCUGCGGUCUAACUCAUUUGCUAUGUGAGGUUAUGUGAG